UUUUUUAUUUUCUAUUCAUCACUGUAAUUAGCCUACCCCUUCUUGAUUCUUUGUGAUGACAAAAUAUCAAAAUUCUUCAAGACAAAUGCUUUUUAUUUGAUAUCAUCCUCUUUCUCCAACCCUUGACAAAUCUUUGUUCCUUCGAAGACAUAUACCAUCGUUAUUUAUUGUCAAUAGUUCUUUAUUCAUCCUCAUUUUUCUAUUCCCCACGCGCGUAGCCCAGCCCAGACAAACAAGUCCAAAUCCUAAAGAGCAGAAAUCAAACAAGCAUGCUGACCACACAGAUCCAGAUUCUGCUCUAUUUGGGGAACAUUCAGAUUGUAAGCUGCUCAGUUUUCGUGCCUGUCCCAUCCAUUGUUGUCAAGUCACAUCAAACCCUUGAGGCUAUCCUCCCUUAUCUUCCUCUCUCACUUACUGCUGCGUCUGAACCAGAUCCAAAAGACUCUUCAGAUCAGCAACAGCAACAGCAACAACAACAACAGCAAUUGCUUCUUGGGCCUGUCCCCGAGCCUGACGAUGAAGACCAAUCUGUGGGCCCAUCCUAUUCACGAUCAACAUCACUCGUGCUUUCUUCUCGAGAGUCCCACGCAAAUGCUCGCACUAGCCAUACCGGCCAUCGCACUGGAGGAAGUAAUAGCAACAGUGUGAGCUCUAACCGGAUAAGUCCUAAUUCAUCUAUCCCUGCAACAACCUGCGUCAAAAUCUCGCUUCAGCCUGCGCCAACGUUCGAAUUCGUCAAGCCAAAAUGUCCUCAUUUGCACCAAAAGCAUAGAAACCAGCGCCACCUUAGGCAACAACAACAACAGCAACAACAACAGACUUCUUAUCCUAAUGCCCAUUCUCAUCCUCACCGCCAAUCACAUCGUUACUCCCACAGAAAUAGUAGCAAUAGUGCCAUAGCCACACUCGAAUGCCCUUCCGCUGGCUCUGUUAUUGUCAAAUUCUUUUAUAGCUUCAAGGACAUCACUUCCGGUUCUACUGCUUCAUCAUCAUCUGCUGCUGUAGCCUCUCUACCAGAACUUGUCCAAGUCACGGGUACAUUCAACUCGUGGGAACGGACAGAGCCCUUGAUCUACAACUUGGAGACUUGUCGUUUCGAGGGUCAAGUAUCUAUCCCUCUCAGUAAGUUUGUUCGACAUCAGCAACAGCAGCAGCAGCGGCAAGAACUUCAUCCACAAUCACAAGCUUCUGAGAAGUAUCGCCAUCCCGACGAUAAAAGGGAUAAAAAAAGGAUUCUUUACAAGUUUGUUUUGGAUAACAACAGUUGGGUCACAGAUCCUGACCAGCAGCUCGAGAGAGAUCAAGCCGGAAACCUCAACAAUGUCCUUUCCCUGAACGAAGCACUCACAGCCUCUGCAACAACAAGCAGAGAGGAGGAUGGGAAAGAGGAGGAAUCGAAGCAGCCAGUGCAACAAGGUUCCGAAACGGAGGUUUCCAAUGUUCCUAUCCUUACAGAGGCAGCCCAAAACAAGGUCAUACCCGAACCAGAAAUGGAAGAGAUCGCACGCUCCAAGCACAAUCAAGAAAAAGAGAGGAGUGGCGAAUACGAGGAUGUCGAUGGGACAAUUCACCAAUUAAGUGGCGACAUGUCGGAUUCAACUGAAAUUACAAUGAGCGAUCCAGUGAUUUUGCCGCAGCAUUUUGUUGUCGCUCAAAAUAAGACUUCUGCUUCAACUCUUGCUGUGGAGAAGGAGAAGAAUGAAGAGGAAGAAGUUGUCACGGCCAAAGAGCCUUUCAUCACUCCCGUUGUUACUGAAACCACCACUAAAGAAUGCAAAAGAAAGUCGACCUCGAGCAAAUCUGAGAUCAAGGUUACUGAGGCUGCUGUUAAUAUCCAAGCUCAAGAUAACAACAACAAGACUGAAUCUAUUACAGCAUCUGUAAUUGAAGAGGAGGAUGAAGAUGACAAGAUUAUCCGUGAGCUCGGUGGUGGGGUGUGGGGAGCGCCUUAUUUCAAAGUCAAUGAUCCUACUCAUCUGUCCGAGCAUUUUGUUGGGGUCCUCAAUCAUCUUGAUGGUCAAAUAGUCACCGAUACGAAUAAGGACGUAACGGCGUCAGAAACCAUUGCCACUACUGGCAAAGAUGUGCACAUUCUUGCGAGUGAGUCCGUUCAUAAAACGGAAACCAUGGAUAAUACAGCUGUCGAAGCCACGGGCGGUAUGUUCUUGGAAGAGUUCAAUGUUCAAAGGGCCCAAGAACCUGUGGCGGAGGCCAUUAAGGCAAUUGAAGAGAUCGAGUCUGCACCAGCAGCAGUUAUAGAAGCGUCAGCACCGGGAACAGUGACAGCGGCAGUGAUGUCUGCCUCCGAGGGUAAACCGAUUGUAACGACACAGGAUACUCAAGACAGCAUCGAGGCUCAGGAGACAGUGGAUACGACCACGCUCAUUCGUAGGCCCGAGGUGAAUUGCGGUCGUCUACACAAGCUGACCACGGCGAUCAAGCCUAUCCAACAUGGAGAGAGCAUUAUUGUCGAACAGAUCCCAGAAACUGUGAUCGAAGACUCUGUACCUGCUGGGGAUGUGGAGCCUCAGAUGGAAAUUCUGAAUGCCAAUGACAAUGAUACUGAUGGUGAGGAUAGUGUCGUUCUCUUGCAAGGCCAACCUAUCGAGAUCGCUACCCUGCCUUUGACCGAGGAGAGCCAGAUCUCGAAUAAUACUUUGGUUAGUGAUACUACUAAGUCUCCAGUCGAUCUUUCAACUUCUGCAGGAGUUGUGAUCGCAGUGAUGACGACUGUGACGAUCGCUUCCUCUGAGAAGACUGAGAAGAAGCAGAAGAGAUUGUCGACCUUGUUGAAGAGUAGACCCACCAGUUCUAUGUUUUCUGGAAACCAAGAUUCAUCCUCCACUAUCGUCACCUCUACCACUGUAGUGACUGUAGAUACGUCCUCAAGUACAGCUUCGUCUACGAUGAAUGAAGAUAACGAUGAGGAAGCCAACAUCCACGAAACCUAUGGCGAAAAGAUGGAGAAGAACGAAAGACGAAAGUCCAUCUGGAAGAAUAUCAAGAAAGUGCUUGCAUAGAGGUCAAUACAAAGUAAAGAUUAUCAUACCCCACUCGGACUAAGACCAAACAAAU